AUGUCGGAUGUGAAGUGCGAGCGUUGGUGCCAGUCGUUAGUCGACCAAAAACGGCACGGGUCUGACGCGACGGCAUUGUUUGCCGUGUCGGAACUCGGUGGUGAGGCAAGUGGCGAGCGAGUCGAGGGCAGUACGUGGGUACUCGUCGAGAGUCGUUGCCAGGGAGUAAGACUAGUAAGAGUUCGUGGAGACGCUGUGACAUGA